CACACGUUAUAAAGCUUUUUCUCCAUUCUCUCUGGUUCUCACUUCCUCUUCUUCCCUCUACAGCCCGGCCGCACUGACUCUUUAUCGCCCUCCGCGGCUCCGCCACCUCCUCCGCCGGGUCAAUUCAAAGGUCGUCAAUUUUGGUUCAAGUUUCCCUCGUUUCAGAAAGCUGAAGGGAACCGUUUAGAAGAUGAGGAAGCUGAAGUUUCACGAGAAAAAACUAUUGAAGAAGGUAAAUUUCUUGGAAUGGAAGAGAGAAGGAGGUCACCGAGAGAAUGAUGUUAUGCGUCGCUACCAUAUUACCAACAGAGAUGAUUACAAGAAGUAUAACAAAUUGUGCAAAAUGACGCAGAAGUUGGUCAACAUCUUGAAACAGAUGGACCCUAGGGAUCCUACUCGAAUUGAGAUGACUGAUGCCCUCCUUGAAAAGCUGUACAACAUGGGUGUAAUUCCAUCCAGAAAGAGUUUGGCUUUAUGUGACAAGCUAUCUGUUUCAUCCUUUUGCCGGCGGAGGCUUUCAACUAUCCUGGUUGUUUUGAAGUUUGCCGAACACCUGAAGGAAGCUGUAACUUAUAUAGAACAGGGGCAUAUUCGUGUCGGACCUGACACAGUUACAGACCCUGCAUUUUUGGUCACAAGAAAUAUGGAAGACUUUGUUACUUGGGUAGACACAUCGAAGGUCAGAAGAAAGGUAUUGGAAUACAAUGACAAGUUGGAUGACUAUGAUGAAAUGAAUUAGAAGCAGUUGCGAAGUACUCAUAAAACCUGAGAACUGAGGUUUAUGCGGUUUUGUUAGUCCACAGCAGAUAGCAAUAGGCUUUAUUUGGACAUGUAAUGACAAGUUGGAUUUCAACAAGUGUGGCUGAAUAUUUGUAAAAGGGUAUGCAGAGGAACUUUAUUUUAUUUUAUUUUUUCCUCAAAUGAGGACGCUACCGUCCUUAUAAUAUUAAUAUAUUUUGUCAUAUUCGCUCUUCCUAA